AUGAAAGGAAUUACCGAUCUUCCAAAUGACGUGCUUGAUUAUAUAUUGAUACGUUUAGGGCAAGAAGACUUAAUCAGCUUAAACUUGACGUGCAGAGAUUUCUAUACAAUUUGUAACAAAAGAUUGUAUGCCAACAUUUAUAUUACAAACAAGACCACAAGAGAACGAAAAGACGAGAAAAAAAAUGCUUAUCUUUGGAACUGGACCGUAUUAAAAAGCUCUUUAUCUCCCGACAGAAGUAGUUUGAAAAAAUUUGAGGGAAGUUUGAAUUUCAAUCGUGAACUAGCGAGUUAUAUUCAAGAAAUCAUAACUGACGACGUGAGCUUUAUUUUAUUUAAACUUAAAUUUUGGUACAAGAAGUAUUUUUCUGCUACGAAUAACUUGAAAAAAGUUUACUUUGGUAACAUCCCUUUAAGUCAACUUAAUAUCGCAUAUGAGGACUUAUACAACUUUUACAAAUUACCUGGUAUCAACGUUACAACCUUGCAAUUAAAAAAUUUAAGCGAUUUGUUGGCGAUAUCCGAGAGCCUGAAAGUUAUAACUGUUAAAAGUCUCAACUUUCAUUUACUAGAUAUAAAGGAUGUUGAAAAUGAGAACAUAGCAUUACUGGAAAGGCAGAAACAAAAACUUUUAGAAAUAUUCGAAAAUGUCAAUGAGUUGAACAUUGUAUCUGUUCACGAUUUAGCUUUACGCUUCAUUAAAUUCUUAACAAAAUUGCUAAAUACAGAAGCUAUAUUCAAGAACUUAAAAAGAUUCAGUAUGAACCACAAUCAUGGCCAAAUGAAUAAUCAGUUCAACUUCAGCUCAAUGUACCCCUUAGAGAAAGAAAUGGAAUUGGACUUCCAGAUCAUACAAGAUGCCAUAGAUGUAUCUAAAAUAGAAUCAUUGACUUUAAAAAUCGAUUGCAAUCACAUCUACUGCCCUAUUUCGGGCUCAGAUAUGCAUUUUACUAUGUCAGAUAAUAUUGAGUAUUGCAACUGUUUAGAAAGCUUCUUCUGCCAAUUCAAGAGUGCAAAGCUUCAAAUGUUGUCAAAUUUAAGUCUCACUAGGCUGGGUCAGUCUGCUAUUAAUAACCCCUUUAGCUUGUUUUACUUCAAGGCUCACUUGAAGAGCCUUUUGGUUUCAAUGAGACAGCUUCUGUCUUUAGAGCUUGACACCAAUGCACAAUUAUAUCCAUUUCAUAGCAUUAGAGAUGGGAGCCAGGUCAAUAUCCUAAAAGAGGUAUUUCUGUUGCAAAAUGAAAAACUAGUCAAAAGCUUGAAGCAUACAAACUUAAAGCGUUUAGUAAUAUUGGACUAUAUAGAGUCUUUCCACUUUUGGGACUUAAAUUCUAUCGACUUUUCUUCCCAGAAGUUAAACCAAGAGUGCCAAUGCCACAUUUGUGACGACAUAGAAAAAAACAUUAUCGCCUUUAUUGAUACAAACAGACAAAUACAGUUUUACUUGAGUCCCAUAACAACCAAAAACUUCGCAGAAUAUUACUUUGAUUUGCUUCUGCUAAUAUUGCUGUUCUGCAGGACCAAUACCGUUCCUGAAUCGAUCCCUUCUAUGUCUGCAUUUAGUUCAGCUCAGAAAAACGAUAAGCUAAAAUUGCUUACGAACAUCGUUCCAUCAGCCACUCCAAUAAUGUCUGCUUUGCAUCAGCAAACGUUGGACUUGCAUGGUUGCUUUAAGCAUGCUGACUAUAAGGAACUAAUUAACUACAAAUACGUCAAGUCUUUGCUCAGCUCAAGUAACGACAGUUUUGAAAUCAUGUGCGAUUGCGAUGGUUCCGAAUUCUCCAGAUAUCUAACCUUUCUUCACCACCAGAUUUCUCCGUUAGCCAAUGCCAGAUUCGCUUCGGAUCCCGGCUCAAUUGUGCACCUUAACCUCAAUAAUAUAUACUUUGGGACUGUAGAUAACAAUAGAUUGUUGCAGUCAUCCGAUAAAUAG